AUGAGUUCUGGUGCUGUGGACGCAGUUGAACAUGUGUUGGAGUUUGUGACUGAUUCUCUUGAUCAAUUUGGAAAGCUUGCUGAGGUGGUGAUUGCUGCGAUAUCUCUGCUUUGGUUUUACCCGCUAUAUGUCUUUAGCAUGGUUCUAAGCAUCAUCUGGAAGGUGCUUCAAGUCAUGCUUGAGUUUGUCUUAAAAAUUAGACUUUCUAAUAAUGCUGUCAGGUAUAAUGACAUUGCCAAGUUUGGGUAUGCUGCAAUGGGACGAUCCAAGUUCACAGGAGAGAAAGACUCGAGCCAAAUUAUGAGCUUGGGGGCAGCAGCAACAGAAGAAGAUGCAAAUCUCAUAGCCAAAUUAUUUGGAUCAAUUGGCAAAAUAUGGAAAGCUGAUGAAAAGUAUUUUGAUGCUGUAACUGGUCUGAGGGAGUUUUUAGGGAUGUGUGUAGCAAUUGAAUUCAGGCCUUUAUCCUAA